CUCCUCCCGGCCGGCAGGAGCCGCUGCGGGCGGCGGCGCAGGGCGGCGAUGGGCGAGGCGGAGGGCGGCUCGGCGAGCGCUGUGGAGAAGCCGCCGCUGCCCGCGGCCGGGCCCGGGGCCGCCGCGGCGGUCGCUGCCGCUGCGGCUGCUGUUGCGGCCGCCGCGGCGGCGGCAGCUGCCGCCCCGGAGCCCGGCGUGCCGGCGGAGGAAGCGGUGGUGGUGUGGAGCCCUGAAGUGGAGGUUUGCCUUUUCCACGCCAUGCUGGGCCACAAGCCUGUAGGUGUGAAUCGCCAUUUCCACAUGAUUUGUAUCCGUGAUAAAUUCAGUCAGAAUAUUGGACGACAGAUUUCUUCCAAAGUGAUCUGGGACCAUCUGAGCACCAUGUAUGACAUGCAGGCUCUUCACGAAUCUGAGAUCCUUCCCUUCCCUAACAUAGAGAAGAAUUUUGCUCUUCCUGAUGAAAUGAUUCAAGAAGUGAGAGAAGGGAAAGUAAUGAUGGAAGAGGAAGUGAAAGAGGAAAUAAAAGAAGAGAUGGAAACACAUGCAGGUCCAGAAGAAGUUUUUACACCCUCUGGAAGUUUAGGAAAAACAACUGAAAAACCAAGCAGCAAAGAGAAAGAGAAAACUUCAUCAGAUCCUGGGUCCAAAGAAGGAUCUGAUAAGAGGAAGCGCAACAGAGUCACUGAGAAGGUCUUAAACGCCAACAGUAACCCUUCCAGCCCAAGUGCUGCCAAGCGACGCAGAACAUAGAGCUGGGAGAGAGAGGAAGGAUAAACUGGAGCACUCAAAAUGAGUAGCAGGACAGUUGCUACCUAAACUUUUUCAGAAAGGAAGAGAUACCUGAGCCAGGUAUUUGAAGAAUCUACACCUCAGUGUUAGAUGUGCAAGACUUUGUCUCUCCUGACGUGGCCCUGAGCACUGGCCACUUCCCAGGGUGCUGGUGGGAUUCAUAGUUUGUAUAUGUGACAAUUCCAGUGGGAACAUUUCAGACCAAUAUCUGUGCUCUGUCUCAGCACAGUUCAGUAAACAAGUGCUCAGUGAACACCGUUCAUGAAAAGCUUAGGUUAUUUCUGUAAAGUUUGGGUUGUUUUUUCUGCCUUUGGAUUGUUGCUGUCUGAAUGUUGCAGACCCUCUGUGGGUAAUGGCAUUUGGGCAUUUUACUUCCUACAGACACAGCGUUUGUUUCAAAUGCCUGAAUUGGUUGGUCCAGUAAAACUGAAGUUCCUUUAAAUACAGAAAAAUACUGAGUUGAAGUAGUUGGUUUUUUUUUCCCCCUUUCUCCAUUUGCUGGAGAAACAGUUGCUUCUUUCACCCUUAGUGAUGUAACAUCAAUCUUUAUAAGUUUAUAUACCUUAAGGGGUGUGUAUAUAUAUACACCAUAAGGUUAAAUAAUGCCCAUAGACAGAAUAAUAAGCAUCCUGAAUAAAAUACCCAUUUUUUGCAUCACUUACAUGGUUUUGUGAGGGAUCAGCUGAGCUGUGCAUGAACCUGGAGAUACUGCUCCACCCAUUUGUAAUCUAGUAGUAUAAAAAGUAGGGUUUGUACUUCAUUAUUUAUUUUUUAAAGCAGUUUUAGUUGAUGAUAAUGGAAUUGGUGUUCCAAAAUGUUCAUGUUGUUCUACUUCAGAAUCCAACUGACACUGCAAGGCUUAUCUUUUAUAUACUAGAAUAUUCAGAUUUGAUGAAGUUACUAUUUUUGUGUUGUGAAAAGAGAGACAGCAGUCACCAAACAUGUUAAAUGGUGAAAGAAUUACCUGAAAUGUUAUUGAAUUUUCUUCACCAUCUUAACUAUCACUUAAUAAAAAGAAGAUUUACUUCUUAAUGUCAGUAUUGCCCUCAAGGUGAGGGACUAGGAAUUUCUCCUAGUUUUGCUGUUAAUUCUAGGCACGUAGCCAAGUUCUUGUCUGCCUUAUUUGCUUCACUUGUUUUAUACCAAGAAUAAAUUUAACUCGUUUUUAUUUUACUAAA